CUUGAUGUUGGGGUUCUGUGUGCUGAGAUCGUAGUCAGAUACGGUUUCUCUGUCGGAUUCAAUUCGAUUCAGAAGAACUCGGGUCGGUAUCUUUCAAAACUUGGUACUGUAUUUGUAUUCUUGACUGGGUAGCGUUCCUUUACUCUUGGUCUUAUGUCCAGUCUCUUCUUCCCGGCGAUGACUGAGUAAUGCUCAGAAUAAUAGUCCUAAGUGUAUUUCAGAACGGUACUCGUACUUUACUUCGGAGGACAAUGGUAAUCGUACUGGUACUUUUGCGUCGAACACCGGGGGUUCUCAGGUGUWGGUGUUUUCACUCGUCACAGUCACAGACGGGAAACAAUAAAAUCAAAAUUCAAAUCAUUUUUUGUUCCAUGUACCGUAAGUACCGUACGUAGCUGUACGAGGUUGCGAGUGCUACCACUACCACCUACCUGCCACCCCAGACCCCAGUCGGUCUAACAGUACGUACGUACGUACGCAUCGUAUGAUACCUCACAAAUGUUAGCAGUACUCGUUUGGGUACGUACACUCUACGGUACUUACGUGCUCGUCCUCGUACUCGUACUCGUGACCAAACUUCAUUCCAUACCUUAGUUUCUUAGCUAGGUGCUUCGUGAGUGAAACCGAAUAGAAAGCAUCGCAGGGUAUUGUACUGCCGAAAAGUACAUACCUUACUUACCGUAGCGUACGUAGGUAGCUCAUGCCGGUAGCGAAAAACGCGAACAGUUUUACAAUUUACGAUUACGAUUGGAUUCAGUCACGAAUUUGAAAGCCAACCAUUGWUUUUUUCCGAAAUAGAGUGCACCAAACUUCGUUCUUACCUCCUACAAACGAAAUAAUUCUAAGACUUGACGAUUGUAAAUUGUAAAUACGAUACCAUACGUAAUAGUGCUAGUGGUAUUAGUCCUUCGUAGAUUCCAGUCAAAUUCGGAACCACUGAACCUGAACAAUCGAGAACGUGAAUCUUCGUUUCAUAUCAUCKACAAACAAAAUUUUGAAUGCACCCUUAAACGCAUUUGCACUGCCCAGAAGCUUCUAUUAUUAUAGAAUGGUCAAAUCGAAAAGCAAAGUGAAGAAUCCACCCUCGGUCCCASGAGAGAAGGAAACUGUGGCGGACGCCCCGUCUUCCCAGCCGUCGGACGAUGCCAAUCGAAAACGCAAAAAGAAACAAAAAAAGGAAGCGAAAAAAGAAAGGCAACAACAAACCAGGGCAGGAUCCUUCCGAAACAUACAACCACCUCUUGCGCAAGGUGUUUUGGAUUUCCUUGAUUCCAAAAACUUUCACACCAUGACGCCUGUUCAAGAAGCUACCAUACCGUUAUUUUUACAAAACAAAGAUGUAGCGGUACAAGCCGUGACCGGUUCCGGGAAAACUUUGGCGUUCCUUUUACCAACGGUCGAAAGAAUACGGAAAAGGGCCACACCUCUCGCGAAGCACCAGAUUGGUGCCCUGAUUCUGUCRCCCACCAGAGAAUUAGCCCUGCAAACUUGGACGGUUUGYUCCGAGCUUUGUAAAUUUCUGAACAUGGCGCCUCCGCUGCGUUUGGUUGGAGGCGGAAGUUCCGGGAAGUCCGGCGGYGUCAACCAUCGACCGGUGACCGAGGACCUGAAAACGUUUCAUCGAGAAGGAAAUGACAUAAUUAUUGGAACGCCGGGACGGAUGGAAGACGUGUUGACUCGAUACAAUGUUUUGGACGUAUCCGAACUAGACAUGUUGAUUCUUGACGAAGCAGAUGUGCUGCUGUUUGGGAAAACCGUCAUGGACCCAACCAUUGCAACUGUCUUGAAUCGAUUACCAAAAAUGAGAAGAACUGGAAUUUUCAGUGCAACUACUACAUUUACAAGCAACAAAUCCAUCAAACCAUUGCUGCAAAGGGCUGGUAUGCGCAACCCGGUCCUGAUCAAUGUGCAGGURGCAGCUGCUCCAGCUCCCGCUAUYGSUAAAACCAAGUCCGAUGUAGACAAUGGAGCUGUUGUAAAAGAUGCUAAACGGUCGAAGUCGUCGUCGACGACCUACACGCCCAYCACUUUGACCAACUAUUAUUUUGUUACCAAAUUGGAGGAGAAAAUUAGCCGACUYGUUGCAUUUCUCCAGAGUCACCGAAACGAAAAGAUAAUUGUAUUCUUCUUGACUUGUGCCUGUGUCGACUUUUAUGGCAAUGCCUUGCAACAYCUACUAGACARGUCUAGAAACAAAAAAAGARCCGGAAAGGGCAGCAUCGAUGCUGAUGAUGGCCAGGGUGGUUUGACCAUUGAGCUUUUGCAYGGGAAAUUGGUGCAAAAACGCAGAGAAAAAGCUAUGGARCGUUUCAGGGAAAGCAGAGCGGGUGGCAUUUUGUUCGCGACAGAUGUCGCGGCUAGGGGAUUGGAUGUCAGCGAUAUCGACUGGGUGGUGCAAGUUGACGCACCGCAAGACCCAUCUCAAUUCGUCCAUCGCGUGGGAAGGUCGGCUCGGGCUGGUCGGCAGGGAUCCAGCUUGUUGUUUUUAACCGAAAAAGAAGAGUCUUACGUAGAUCUUUUGUCGAAUCGACAGGUGCCUCUUAAAGAACUUCCCGAAACAGAGGUGUGUUGUGGAAAUAUUGAAAACAAUUCUUGCGAGGGCGAUUCGCCGAAUUCCAUAUCAGAUUUUCUUCCCAAAAUCAAAGGUCUAGUGCUGAAAGAUCGUGAAUAUCUCGAAAAGGGAACAAAGGCUUUCACUUCAUAUAUUCGCGGCUACAAGGAGCAUUUGUGCGGAUUUAUUUUUCGGUGAGUAACAGAAUAGUCGACGUACCGAACAAUCGUGACAAGCAGAGCUAGUUGUUCGAUUGCUAGAGGCGGUCUUCUUUUUGUGCUGUCCGACUCUAAAACGGAGUAGGGCGCUCGAGAGUUGGCCGGUUCCUCGAUUGUGCAGUCAACUCGUUCUACCAAAUGCAAUAACAAUUUAUAGGAAGGAAAUCAGUAGUCCUUCCCGUGCUAAAUUCACUGCCAUGCGASGUUUUSAAAUGAUGCGACAGUAACCCCAGAGCUCUGACACCAAUCGUUUGAUUUUCUAACUCUUAMUAUAGUUUUGCGUCACUUGAUCUUGGUCAUCUAGCUACAUCCUUUUGUCUUCUAAGGCUUCCAAAGAUGCCAGAACUCAGGGAAUAUAAUGGAAAAUUGAAACAUUUUUCUGGCGCUGGUCCUGAAGUGGACAUUUAUAAAAUUCCGUAUCUAGACAAACCGAGAGAAGCUGCUAGACAAAAACGUCUGGCUGCUGAAUUGGCUGCUGGCGGCAAAAAUGCUAAACAAAUCAAAGCUGAGCAGCGCAAAGCAGAACAAAUUAGACGCCAAAAAGAACGUCGCCAGCUUGCAAUUCAAAAGGGUCGCAAUCCAGAAAAGAAAAGAGGCCGACAUGCUCAAAUUGUWGACGAAUGGGAUGAUUUAGCAAAAGAAGAGCGUCUAUACAAGAAACUGCGAAAGAAAAAGAUCACCAAAGCACAAUAUGAGGAACAAUUGUUCGGGCUUUCCAACUCGAAGAAAGGAGAACCAAUAGAUGACAACGAAGAUAGUGACUGAAGCAUCUAAAGUGCCGAUUAGCGAUGUAUCGUAAAUGUAGGUUYCCGAUGCAGGGAUUUUGAAGAAACGAAUUUCAURAAGAGGAAAUCGGCUWUCUGCAUUCUGGAUUAGUAGGAAAGAAUCCUCAUUAUUUGAAUCAUCCCUUGUUUAUUAAAAUACUUUCAGGUCU